AUGAUAGAAAUUAUACAUCCUUUAUCAUCAAUGCUUCAAAAGGAUUGAUGACACCACCGUGGUAACACCUAGAAGUCGGCUCUUUAGUUAAGUCUGGUUUGCGAACUCGGCAAACAUUUCGUAAUUUUCUUCUCCAAGUCGGAUAAGCCCGAACAAUUAGACGCGUACCAUUUGAAAUCAAUUUUUUUGAACGACCCUUUUAUUGUGACGAAUCGCUUUUAACUUUAAUAUUUGAAUAUUAAAAAAACUCUACCCCAUCCGGACCCUGUGGGGAGUUUCACAUCCAAGUAAGAUUUAAAAGAUCUUAUUUACUAAACUCUUCGAUCUGGAAUCUGACGCCGAAACCUUACCUGAUAUAUCACCAACAGAGCAGAGAUUGUCAAGUUAACUCGAUUGUUUUAGCGAAGGAGGGAUUGAACACACAGGGAUUUUCAUCCAGUGAUUAGAUAAGAGACGGCUGUCACUAGAAUUACUUUUCUUUGGAGCAGACGUCAGGUCUAGAACCAACUAUGCAUUCUUUGUGCGUAAACCUCUUCUUGUUUAUUCUUUCAUCGAUUUCGUCGGAAAAUUACGGCUUCCCACACGACACACUAACACCAAGUACAGUUGCUGACGUCAUAGAAGUGUCAGCCAAUCGGGAUAUAUCUGAGGGUCUUGGUAGUACGUCAGCCACGCCGUCCUCUACCUCCAUAUCGAACCUCGUUGAUGACGACGAUGUUACGUCCGGUGCAGGGUUUCUUGAUACAGACUUCAUCGAUCACGCCUCUACGAACGAUGUGGACGAUGCCUCCGAUGUCGGGAGGGCUGUCGCGGAUCUAUCCCAGGCCGGUAUUUACCGUGACGACACACCUAGCAACAAAAAUGAUUUUACGUCCCAGGACGGUUUUCCAUGGUGGUCGCUUAUGCUUAUUCUCCUCGCUACGGUCGUGAUCAUCAUCGCCAUCGCACUCCCGUUCGCUCUCUACAACCGCCAUCUCAACAGACGACGCGCGGUCAUCAGGAACAGCAAAAGGGCAUCGGAACUCAUCGUCGAUUCGUGGAUGGCAGCGUCUCAAUCAUCCAUCCCCGGGGGGUCCCCAUCGACAUCAUCUGACAGCGGUAACGAAUUCGAUGUCCAAGGCACUAGUAACCAAGAUACCACGGAACGGCAGUCGAAUAGGGGAAUGAUGGUCAUGGACGAUGGGACUAACCAAGAACAUUUUCUUGGAGCAGAGGGUGGAUGCUGAAUUUAGGUUAUAAAUAAUAUAUUUUAAAUGAAGAAAUAUACGUAACGGCAGCGCUAAAGGCCCUCUCACAAUUUUACAAACCGAUUAUUAAGACAGACUUUCAGAUGAAAAGACUGCAACGGUCUGUGUGAUAUCGCUAAAUAAUACUUCGGACUAAUCAUUCCAUUGUGUUAUUUCUUUUGUCAUGUUUGUGGGAAGAGGUAUAGGUGUGUAUGUGAGACUAAGAGGGCUAAUUAUCGCUCCAAACAUGCCAAAGUUUCCUAGGGAUAACGGUAUUCUCUUUUAGUGAGAUGGAAGCUUUAUUUUGCAUUGUCGUGUUCAAUGAUAAACAAGAGGUGCAAUGAAAUUUUCCUCUUUUUUCUGUUGGUCAAGACAUGGCCAAGUUCUCAAGAAAUUAGUAGAAUGCUGGGAAAUUCGUCAUAUCAAAGGCAAUAACCGCAUGAGAUAAUGUCAAAGCAGAUGAAAUUGUAUUAAAACAACAUUUUCCAUGUAUCAAUACCCGGAAGGGCGUUACGGAUAGAGAACGCGUAUAUUCUACUUUUUUCUUGUUCAAUAUGUAGACCACAAUGCAAUGUGAUAGCGCCGACUGAGCUAUCAAAAGAUAAGUAUUGAAUAAUUAAAUUGAAAUGACUGAAUAUGAAACCAUGGUAACACAGAUUUCUCUUUCACAUCGCUGGAUAAUAUGGCCAAUUAUCACUUGCGCAUGCGCUAGGUAGUCAGUCCUACGGAGCGAAUCAGUUUUACAUCCGUUCUCAAUCAAUCGACCGUUCGUUUAGGAUCUGUUUCAAACAAAAUGCAUUUACGAUCGCAUUAUAAUUAGGCCUGUUCGGUUUGAACAAAGAAAGGGCAAUCCUAUAGUUAUAUGUAAAGUUGCAUACAUAUCAAAUCUAAAAUAAGGUUUGAUAUGUAUUGUAAUACAUCCCUACUGCAUGUAAUCUGUACCAUGUCUAUCUCACCUUACAUAACAUAAGUUCAAAGAAUUAUAUAAUUAAUUGUGAUAAAUCGUAACUUACUAAUCUAUGCUCCAAUAAAUGACACAAACGUUCGUUAUUUAAUGGAACAAGACUAUAAUAAAAUGUAUAUUGUAUUCGGAGAAGUAUAGCCUUAAUUUGAUUAAUAUAAAAUUAGUAUCAGUCACUAGCGUACCUACGGGGGGCAGACUGCCCCCCCCCCCGCCGCUUACGAGCUUAAAAUACCUUUUUUGCCCCCCCCCCCGACGAGAUUGAAUACCUUUAUUUAUUGCCCCUCCCCGACGAACUUGAAGCCUUUUUUUUGCUUUUCAUUUUUUUUGGCGGACGGUUUGCCCCCCCCCCUGUGGAAAAUCCUCUUAUUAAGAUCAUUGGCCGACAAUCUUUAAGUUUGACAAAGUUCACUGAUCUAGUUAACGAGCUAUGGCCCAGAAGACAAAUGAAACCAAAACUUUCUACAUACAUGAGUAUUUUAAACGUUGAUCCUGCAAUGUUGGGCAUACGGAAACAGGUAAGCAUACAUGUCUGCAGUUAAGUAUUUCGUACCCUGAUUUUCCUUUUUUUUUUCGAGGCUUAAAAAAAAUAGAAAAGAGUUUCACACACCAGUUAAUGCUCAAAUGUAACUAUCAUCAGCGUCGCCGAGAUACUGAUGAUCAAGCAUUAUUAUAACGAAUAAUCAAAUCAAAAUUUAUAAACAAGUGAAUUCAGUAAACCCAUGUCCUUUUCACAGCAAUCAGAGGCGGUUGAUAUCAAUAUCUUGACUGCCACUGUGCUUGGAGUGAGACUACUUAAAAACAUCAAAAGCAUUAUUCAUAACUUAAACCAUAGGAGGAUUUCAUCCAUUUGAUUUCAUAAACCACCAUCUUCCAUAUGCUCCUGUAUGAAACACGAAAAUCGAGGAGGGUGGGGUGGGCAAGCAUACAAGUAUCCCCCCACGCUGAUUGCUGCCAGUGACGUAUGCGAUCUGAUUAUUGGAAAAUUGAAACAUGAGCUUGCCAUACAUUAGACAUUUGUUUUUUUAAUCUGCUCAAGAUCGAGGGUCGAUUCCCCCGAACAUUGAUACAUUAUAGUGAAGGUAGGCCUGUGUGGGAUCAUGGACCUAUGAUGGGAUGUAUACGUUCUUAUAACGUGUUAUGGUGUGGUUUGAUUGCCUGUGUAUGUAUUAUUUCGUCGGUCCUCAAACAAUAUUACACCUAUGUCUGAAAUGACUGAAAUUACCUGGGUAUACCGUUUACUGUAUUUUAACUCAAAAUAUGAUGUCCCCCCCUUUUUUUUCUUUCAGCUAUGAUAUGGUGAUAUGCCGGGGGGCAUAUAUCUGAUUCAUGUAGCGGACGUCAUGCACGCCACCCGACGUUAAUAUUACGAAAUAUUGUAUUCUUAAUUACCUUACUUACGUUAUUUAUACGUAAACUGACUCUUGCAAUAUGUUUUACAUGUAUAAUGAAGCUCUGAUAUAUAUUGUAAUAUACCAUGUAGUGUCUUCAACAAGUAUACAUGAAAUCAGUGUUAUAUACUGAUAAUAAAUGUUUAAGUAGCAACCUUACUGUAACCAUAGUUCUUUAUACAUGUCAAUAAGAGGUAUGUUAGAUGUCUUCCUUGUGGUUAUUGCUAUCAUGACUAUAUUAACCCUUUUCAUACAAUGUCAUAACUGGAAUGUUAAAUUACUUGUUUCAUUAUUUCACAUUUAUAUGGGAAAAUGAUAAAGCUUUGGGCAAGUUUCUGUAAACGAAAUUGGGAUAACAAGAUAAAACAGAAUAAACAUCGCAUUGGUCAGUGCCACUGAGAUUGUCUGGUUAGAGAGGAAAUGAAAUGUAGGAAAACCUACUAUACAGAUUAGGGUAAUGCUAUUAAAUAGAUAUAUACCCAUCAAUGCAAUAAUAUAUUUAUAUAUUUAUAAAACUCUAUUUAUUUUUACAUCCUUCACCUUUCACUGACAAUCAUCAGUUUUAUAUGAUAUAAUAAUUAUAUACAAAUAUUAUGUGAUGUAUCAUGUACUAUGAUCACUUGUGUUCAAGCUGAAUUUCAAUGCACUGUAUAAUGGACAAUAUAGAAAUUGAAUCAAUUGAAUUGAGUAAAAAAAUAAAGUCGGAUGAACGCUGUGUACUUGUAGAAGAAGAUCACAAUUGAUUUGCUUUAGUAAAUGAUAUUGAUAUUAAAUUGCUUAUUAUAAGUGAGAAGAAAACUUUUUUUUUCGAAGGUACAGAACUCUUCUAUUGGCUUUGCUUUCUUGGCUUUCAUACCAAUAUUUUUUUUCAGUUAUUUUCGCCAUUCUUUCCCUCUUUACUGUUUGAACGGUGUAGAUAUUUUGUGGGUGGA